AUGGCGGACGACCUGGCGCAGCUCGAGUACCUCCAACUCGUCAACCGCAUCCACUCCGAAGUCAACAACCAUCUCGGCAUCGACGACACCGUCCUCGCCAAGUUCCUCAUCUCCGUCCACGAAAAGUCGAAGAACCUCGACUCGUUCAAGAAGCGGCUGGCGAAGAAAGAGGCCAACUUCCCCGACGCGUUCGUCGAGAACAUCGACCGGCUGAUCCUGACGCUGCACCCGAAGUACAAGAAGGAGAACAAGAAGGCCGUGCAGGUCGCCGGUGGGCAGGACGGCAAAGGCGGAGAUGUGCAGGACAAGCAGAAGAGGAUGUUCCCAGGCCUGGCGCUCGCGGAUCAGCCGUGGGAGCCGAGCGUGCCGUCGAGUAAACAGGUGGAUAAUGAGCGGGAUAAUGCGGUGUUGAAGGAGGUCAACGACAUGAUGGCAGAGUUCGAGGCCGGCGCUAAGAGGCAGCGCACGAGGCCGAGCGAGGUGGACGAGCCGGCGCCUAAGAGGCAGAGGAGGUCGCGUUCUCCGAAUGACAGGAAUCGCGAUUACUCAAGGGGGAGAGGUGGAUACGACGACCGUGGACCUGGGAGGGGAAGACAGCAGCUGGAUCAGCAACCGGUGCUGUACAAGAUAUACGACGGCCGCGUCACCGGCCUCAAGGAGUUUGGCGCGUUUGUACAGCUAGACGGCGUCGCUGGCAGGGCAGAAGGACUCGUCCACGUAUCCAACAUGGCAGUCGGCGCACGCGUCAACUCUGCCGCCGACCUCGUCAGCCGGAACCAGCCCGUGAAGGUGAAAGUGAUGGGCUUCUCCGGUGCACGCAUCACGCUCUCCAUGAAGGACGUCGACCAGACCACCGGACGCGACCUCACGCCCCACCUCCGCAUCAAAUCGGAGGCUGAGCUCAUCGAGGAAGAGCGCAAGUCCAGCAUGCGCAACAUGACAGGCACGAACGCCAUCCCUCUCGGCUCCAAGGACGCUCCGCCACCGCCUAUACCAGACGGCAAACCCGGUCGCUCGGCCAAACGCCUCUCGUCGCCCGAGCGCUGGGAGCUCAAGCAGCUCAUCGCGUCUGGUGCCGCCGACCCGUCCGAGCUAGACGACGCGGACGACGACUUCGGUGCACCUGGCGUCAAGGCGGAGGUUGAAGAGGAAUUGGACGUCGAAGUGCGCGAGGAUGAACCUGCCUUCCUGCGGGGACAGACCAAACGCACUCUUGACCUUUCGCCCGUGAAGAUUGUCAAGGCACCUGACGGCUCUCUCAACCGCGCCGCUCUUGCCGGUGCAGCACUCGCCAAGGAGCGACGUGAAUUGCGUACACAGGAGGCGAACGAGCAAGCCGACUCCGAGACGAGAGACUUUGCCACGCCCUGGUUGGACCCCAUGGCGAAGCCGGAGGACAAGAACUUCGCGCAGGAUAUCAGAGGGCAGUUGAGAGGGCAGCAGGCGGAGAAGGCGACGGGUUGGAAGGCGCAGACGUUCAACAAGGCGACGACGUUCGGAGAGAUCACGAGCUUGAGUAUCCAAGAUCAAAGGAAGUCGUUGCCGAUCUUCAAGUUGAGAGACCAGCUAUUGGACGCUAUCAAGGACCAUCAAGUCCUCAUCGUCGUCGGUGACACUGGGUCAGGCAAGACCACACAGAUGACGCAGUACCUCGCCGAAGCCGGAUACGCAGACCGCGGUCGCAUAGGAUGUACUCAGCCUCGUCGUGUGGCCGCCAUGUCCGUCGCGAAGCGUGUAGCUGAAGAGGUCGGAUGCAGGCUUGGCCAAGAGGUCGGCUACACCAUCCGUUUCGAGGACUGCACGAGCCCGGAGACGAGGAUCAAGUACAUGACGGACGGUAUGCUUCAGCGAGAGUGUCUCGUCGAUCCGGACGUCAGCCAGUACUCGGUUAUCAUGCUUGACGAGGCGCACGAGCGGACUAUCGCAACGGAUGUCCUGUUCGGUCUCCUCAAGAAGGCCAUUAAGCGCCGCCCCGACCUCAAGCUCAUUGUAACUUCCGCCACCCUCGACGCCGAAAAGUUCUCCAAAUACUUCUUCGGCUGUCCCAUCUUCACCAUUCCCGGCCGCACCUACCCCGUCGAGAUUCUCUACACCAAAGAGCCCGAAACGGACUACCUCGACGCCUCGCUCAUCACCGUCAUGCAGAUCCACCUAUCCGAGCCGCCCGGCGAUAUCCUCCUCUUCCUCACGGGUCAAGAGGAGAUCGACACGUCGUGCGAGAUCUUGUACGAGCGUAUGAAAGCUCUCGGACCUAAAGUCCCCGAACUCAUCAUCCUGCCCAUCUACUCCUCCCUCCCCUCCGAAGUCCAAUCGCGCGUCUUCGAGCCCACACCCCCCGGCGCGCGCAAAGUCGUCAUCGCCACGAACGUCGCCGAAACCUCCCUCACGAUCCCGGGUAUCUACUACGUGAUCGACCCCGGCUUCUCCAAGCAAAACGCCUACGACCCCAAACUGGGCAUGGACUCUCUGAUCGUCAUGCCCAUAUCCCAAGCCCAGGCGCGUCAACGCUCAGGCCGUGCGGGUCGUACCGGUCCGGGGAAGUGCUAUAGGCUAUAUACAGAGGCGGCGUUUAGGAACGAGAUGCAGCCUAUGAGCAUACCCGAUAUCCAACGGACGAACCUGGCGCAUACGAUCUUGAUGCUCAAAGCUAUGGGCAUCAACGAUCUACUCAGUUUCGACUUCAUGGACCCUCCUCCGGCUCAGACGAUGUUGCAAGCGCUCGAGUCUCUGUAUGCGCUUUCGGCGCUGGACGACGAAGGCCUGUUGACACGUUUGGGACGGAAGAUGGCCGACUUCCCUAUGGAGCCUCCAUUAGCAAAGACGUUGAUCGCUGCUGUCGAUCUAGGGUGCGCGGAGGAGAUUCUGAGCGUUAUCGCGAUGGUCUCGGUGCAGAGCGUCUUCUACCGACCGAAGGAGAAGCAGGGCCAGGCGGACGCGAAGAAGGCCAAGUUCCAUCAGCCCGAGGGCGAUCAUCUCACGUUGUUGACGGUGUACAACGCGUGGAAGGCUAGCAGCUUUUCGAACCCGUGGUGCUAUGAGAACUUCAUACAGGCGAGGAGUAUGAGGCGGGCGCAGGAUAUCAGGAAGCAGUUGCUGGGUAUCAUGGAUCGGUAUAAGCACGAUAUCCUCAGCGCAGGCAAAGACUACAAUCGCGUCCGACGCGCCAUCUGCUCCGGCUUCUUCCGCAACGCAGCCAAGAAGGACCCUCAAGAGGGCUACAAGACGCUUGUCGAAGGUACACCGGUGUACAUUCACCCUUCAUCGGCCCUGUUCAACAAGAACCCCGAAUGGGUCAUCUACCACGAGCUCAUCCUUACGACGCGCGAGUAUUGUCACAACGUCACGAGUAUCGAGCCGAAGUGGCUCGUCGAGGUUGCACCGCAGUUCUUCAAGGUCGCGGACGCGAAUAAGAUCAGUAAGAGGAAGAAGCAGGAGAAGAUUGAGCCGCUGUAUAAUAAGUACGAGAAGCCGGACGAAUGGAGACUGUCCAAGGUCAAGCGCAGUGCGCGGUCCAGUCAGACGUUCGGUUGA